AUGGACGACGAUUUAUCGCUAAAUAUAGUGUCUACCCCUGCUGUAACCAGGCCAAGUAAGUCAGACCAAGGAGACGCACAGAAGAAGCCUAAAAGAGACAAAUCACGGUUUAAGAAAGGAAUUGCAAAGAAGCGCCAGAGAGAAAGAGGAUCCAGAAAUUCAGGAAGAACCUUGAAAGAGCAGAGGGUUGAUAAUUAUCAAGGGCCUAGCUUUGCUCAGGACGAAUUUGACGCUCCAGAUCCAGUCCCAUCACAAUGUUCCACAUCUAGGCCAACCAAAGAGGAGACCAAGAUCAGGGAUCAGAUCCAAGACAACCAGAAGAGCAUUGAGAAUGAAGAAUUUGUGGAGACUUCUAAGAAAAGAGUUUUCAAGGAAAACGAGAAGAAAGGACACUUCAAAAAGAAGAAAUUUGAAGACCUUACUAAAAUGAACCUCGACUGGAAAGACUCAGGGGCAGAAACCAAAGAGACUCCUUCAGAGCUGAUUAAGAGAGAUGUUAUUUCAGCAGAAAACUUUGAAGAACUACCUUUGGAAGAUAGACUUAAGAAAAUUUUAGAGAAUAAUGGGUACAAUAAAAUGACCAAGAUCCAGAAGUCAGCUAUCCCAGUGGUUUUACAGAAUAAUAACGUUCUAAUCAAAGCAGAGACUGGAUCUGGUAAGACACUUGCGUACUCAGUUCCAUUGGUGCAGCACUUGGUCGAGCUCUCUGAGACACAAGAGAAGAUUUCGAGGGAGCAUGGUACAUAUGCGAUAAUAUUCUCACCUACAAGGGAGUUGUGCCUCCAGAUAGAGAAUACUUUGAAGAAGUUGCUCAACCCAUUCUUCCAUUUCAUAAAUCCUGGGUGCCUUAUGGGUGGAGAGAAACCUAAGAAGGAAAAAUCAAGAAUUAGAAAAGGAAUUAACAUACUGAUAUGCACACCCGGAAGGCUUGUAUAUCACCUCAAUAAUACCAAAUCUCUCAACUUCAGCAGGCUUAGAUAUCUGAUAUUUGAUGAGUCUGAUAGAAUCCUUGAUAUGGGAUUUGAGAAGGAAAUGAUCCAGUGUUUGAAAGGAAUCAAGAGAAAAGCUCCUCAGAUCUUCACUAGAGGGGAUGAGAAUAACCUCCUCACAACUCCUCAGUGUAAAGUUAAUCUAGUCUCAGCAACUCUUGGUAAAAAGGUCAAUAAUCUCUCAACAAGGUUGAUGGAAGGCGAGGUCAGAGUUGGAUUUGAGGCCCAAGAGGACGAGAAGGAGAGUAGAGAUGAGGAGAAUAUCAUAGAUUUGAGGAAUACCAUUCCAGAUAGCAUCCAACAGCAUUACCUCUCUGUGCCAGAUAACAAGUUCAAGUGGCUAUACCUCCUUGCUUUCUUGAAUUAUCACCAAGAUUCGAAGAUCAUUGUUUUUCUAUCUACUUGUGACUGCGUUGAUUACUUCGUUCAACUGCUGAAGAAGCUGAACUGGCUGAACCUGUUGAAAGACCGGAAAGGUCAAGAAGAAAACACUGAUGAAUCCAUUUUAUUCGAGAACCAGGUGUUUUCACUCCAUGGAAAAAUGAAACAUACUGAGAGAAAGAUUGCUUUUAGCAAAUUCGAUAAGCUGGAGAAUGGAAUCCUGAUUAGCACAGAUGUUGCCUCGAGAGGGCUUGACUUCAAAGGUGUCAAAUGGGUAGUCCAAUUCGAUGUUCAUCCUUCCUUGAAAGAAUACGCUAACAGAAUUGGUAGAACAGCACGUCUGAAUGAGAAUGGAAGCAGUCUGAUCCUCAUCAACCAAGAUACAGAUAUGGCUUAUAUAGACUGAUUAACAAAUUACGGAGCAAAGAUUUCAGAAAUGAAUCGUUUCAAGCUUCUCCAGGAGUUCACAAUCUUCGCACAGAAGAAGUAUAAUGCUGAGAAUAAGGGUACAAGAGUGUUCACAGCUGAUAUGAAGGAGGUAGAGGAUGAAAAGUACGAAAUCCUUCUGUUCCUAAAGUUGCUCAUUCGUGAUACUUUGAAAGAGUACCCAGACCUUGAUAAACAAGAAAGAAAGUCCUACAGCUCAGGCAACCAAGCAAGGUAUGGAUUCGGCAUCCAAUUGAGAAAACUUUACAAAAAGUGCGAGAUUGAGUUUGUAGAGAAGGUCAAAUUAGUCUCCAGGAAGACCAAAGCUGACAUCGUGAAAGUUGAAUUGCAAAAGAAAGAGAACUCUAAAUUCGCCAAGGAUACUAAAUUCAAAAAUUAUGCUAAGCAAGUCAAGGUUAGCGGCAGAGAUAAGAGAGAGAAAGAGUUGAUGCAGCUUAAAUAUGAUAGAAUGAAUAGUGGUGCCAUGCGAAAAUAUCACAAUGAAGGAAAUCUGGAAUUUAUGUAA